ACACAUCUCUAGAAAGUGGUUAAUUACUUGCACAAGCAAAAUUGCUUCUUUCCCAACCCUCAGACUACUUGCUACCAGAGUUUUUCAAAUGCAAAAUCAAAGAUACUACUGCCUAAUUCUCUUCAUUCAACUUGUCUCCAUUAUUAGCUUUUGCCACUAUGUAAUUCCAAUAAGAGGUGAAGAUAAUAACUCUAGUGCUGUAAAGGUGGAUGUGGGUAUAAUUCUUGAUAUGGAAACAGAUGUGGCAAAAGUAAUGCACACAUGUAUUUUACUAGCAAUUGAAGAUUACCAUGCUGCCGCUAGUCGUACUGCCACUAGGAUAGUACCCCACUUGAGGGAUUCCGAGAAAGAUGAUGUUGAAGCAGCAUCCGCUGCCAUAUACUUGAUAAAAGAUGUCCAAGUACAAGCUAUCUUUGGGCCACAAAUGUCUACACAAACUGAUUUUGUGAUUGACUUGGGGAACAGAGCAAAAGUUCCUAUCAUAUCUCCAGCAACAAGUCCUUCACUUUCUGUCAAGGAAAAUCCCUUCUUCAUCAGAGGAGCACUUCCUUCUUCCAGCCAGACUAAAGCCAUUGCAGCAAUUGUUAAAAACUAUAAUUGGACAAAGGUUGUAAUCAUCCACGAGGAUAGCUCCAUUGGAACUGGGAUAGUUCCACAUCUGACUGAUGCCUUACUGGAAAUCAACGCUUUAGUCCCCUAUAAAAGUGCUAUUUCUCCUUCAGCCAGUGAUGAUCAAAUCCUCAAGGAGUUACACAAUUUGAAUACAAAGCAAACCACAGUGUUCAUUGUGCACUUACAACCAUAUCUUGCCUCACGCCUUUUCCUCAAGGCCAAAGAAGCUGGGAUGAUGAGCAGUGGAUAUGCAUGGAUCAUCACAGAUGUGCUAACGAGUUUUCUGGACUCAGUAGAUCAUUCAGUCAUUGAGUCAUCAAUGCAAGGUGUUCUAGGUAUAAAACCUUAUGUUCCAAGAUCAAAUGACCUUGACAUGUUCACCAAGAGAUGGAGAAAGAGAUUCUGUCAAGAGUAUCCAGACAUGGACCCAGUUGAACUCAAUGUUUUUGGGCUAUGGGCAUAUGAUGGAAUCACAGCAUUAACAAAAGCAGUAGAAAAGGUUGGUGGCACUGCCAUUCCAAAAUUCAAGAAAGCGGACACUAGAAAGAACUUAACGGACUUGGACACACUUGGAACUUCAGAAUUGGGGUCUCUGCUCAUUCACUCUAUGCAAAACACAACACUAAAAACAGGUCUAAGUGGUGAUUUCUGCUUCGCUAAUGGAGAAUUGCAUCCUUCCCCAUAUCAGAUUGUGAAUUUUAUUGGGACAGGACAGAGAACCGUUGGAUUUUGGACAGAGAAGGAUGGCAUUUCGUACAAACUGAAGAUGAAUGGUGAAACAGCUAAAACUAAUAAUAAGCAACUAGGGGUCAUCAUUUGGCCCGGUGAAUCUAUUACAGUUCCGAGAGGAUGGAAAGUAGUUACAAGUGGGAAGAAGCUAAGGGUUGGAGUUACUGUCAGUGGACAGACGAACGAAUUCUUUAUAAUAAAAAGAGAUUCAAAAAUACAAGCACAAGUUGCAGCUGGUUUAUGUGUAGAUUUCUUCAACGAAGUCAUCCAAUAUUUACCAUAUUCUGUCCCUUACGAGUUUAUUCCAAUUCUGAUACCAGAUAGCCCCACUUCCCCAGACUAUGAUCAUCUUUAUUACACGGAAUAUGAUGCAGUCGUAGGUGAUUUGGCCAUUUUAGCGAGACAAUCUGAUUAUGUGGACUUUGCAUUACCUUUUUCAGAGUCGGGUAUUGCCACAGUUGUGCCAGUUAAGGAUGCUGAUAGAAAGAAUAUUUGGAUUUUCUUGAAACCUCUAAAGAGCGAGCUCUGGAUAACAACUGGAGCUUUCUUCGUCUUCAUUGGUUUUGUGGUUUGGGUACUCGAACAUCGUGUAAACAAAGAGUUUCGAGGACCCAAACACAAGCAAGUUGGGAUGAUAUUCUGGUUUUCUUUCUCAACUCUCGUUUUUGCUCAUAGAGAGAGGGUAACAAGUAACUUAACAAGAUUUGUGUUGAUUGUAUGGGUUUUUGUGGUUAUGGUGCUGACAUCAAGUUAUACAGCCAGCUUAACAUCUAUGUUAACAGUGCAACAGCUUCCACCUACUAUAACAAACCUUAAUGAUCUCAUCAAGAAUGGAGAAUAUGUUGGGUAUCAAGAAGGUUCCUUUGUUGUUAACUUCUUGCUGCGCAUGCAAUUUGACAGCUCCAAGUUAAGAAGUUAUAGCACAUUGGAAGAGUACAAUGAUGCGCUCUCAAGAGGAAGUAAAAAUGGAGGUGUUGCUGCAAUUAUUGAUGAACUACCUUAUCUCACACUCUUCCUCAACAAAUACUGCAGGAAGUAUAUUAUGGUUGGUCAAAAUUACACGACUAAUGACUUUGGACUAGCAUUUCUGAAAGACUCGCAUUUAGUACCUGACGUCUCUAGCGCAGUCUUGAAGGUGAAUGAGGGAGGAGAGUUUAUGAAAAACGGUAUACAGAAAUACACUAGAAAUGACACAGCUUGUCCACAGAACAAUGGGACAUCUGAUAGUCUCACACUAGAUAGUUUUAAGGGCCUUUUUCUCAUAGCUGGUGUAUCAGCAGGUUCCGCGCUUCUCAUAUUCUUCUUCAUUUUCCUUUAUCAGAAUAGAGAAAUCUUAGCCACUGAUGAUUCAAUACAGAAAAGGCUUGCCGCAAUAGCAAAAGUCUUUGAUGAAGAAAAAGACAACUCUAAUUCUAAGUCAGAAAAGCCAGAAGCCAAUGAAGAAAGCCAAACGUCUACAAUACUGUUCACAGCAAGUGAAGCUUCCCCUGAAAUAUUGCCCGAUCUCCCUUUGCAAAGCCUAGAAAUCAGAAUCUCCGAUGGCCUAGGAGCAUCCCCUGCAGAUGAAGGGUUCUCUAUAACAGAACCUGCAACUUCAGCUAAUGAAACCAUUACAGAGACAUUUUAA